CAGCUGGCUUUAAUGGAUAUUCGCGAUGCAUUUAAAACCCAUUUUCGUGAGAGAAACUUGAAGGAAAUUGCGGAGAGUUGUUGGCGCCCUUCAUUGGAGACAUGUUCGACGUGAUAGCACGCAAAACUGUGCCGAUUCUGACAAGACUACGGACUCAAAGUGGAGAGCAUUAUGGAGGAUUUUAACGAAGGCAUGGAUUCCAAGCUAGCAGCAAAGAUGCGCAAGUCCAAUCCAGAACAAUUUUACACCCUCGUCAAGAUGCACCUGUCCUUUGAGUUGGACCUUAACACGGAAGAUAGCGAUUGUCUUAUGGAAAAAGCAAAACUGAAGAAGUGGAGUCUACCGAGCUUUUCUAAAAAACCAAAAUCAAUGAUGAACCUGAGCAAAGGAACGGAGGGGGCGACGCUAACUCUGGAUGGAAUUAAUCGCGUCAAACAAUUGAUCGAGUACUUGUCUAAAGAACAAAACAUCGUUCAAGAAGGAAUAUUUCGACGCACAGGAAAGUUGACGCGGCAGCAGGAUUUGAAAGCAGUCCUUUAUCAGGGAUUGCCAUUGAAUUUAGAUGACGGUAAAUUUAAUGUACAUGACUGUGCCUCUGUAUUGAAAAGUUUCUUGGCAGAACUGCCUGAACCUCUUUUGACGGAAUUACAUUAUCCUGUGCAUUGCCAAAUUGCUGAACUCUGUAGUUCGGAUGCAAAUGGAACGGAUUCUAGACUAUUAAGGUCUCUGCAACUCCUAUUAUUGCUGUUACCGCCCGUGAAUAGAAUUCUACUUAAGCAUGUUUUAAAUCUGCUUAACAAAACAGCUUCCUUCGAGCAUAGUAAUAAAAUGAAUUGUGAUACUCUUGCAACGCUAUUUACUCCUCACUUGAUGUGCCCGAGGAAAUUGACACCUGAAGCGUUGCACAUUAAUUCCCAAAUCUUAUCUGGUUUAGUCGCAUUCAUGAUCAAGAAAGGGGCAAGUUUGUUUGAAAUUCCUCCCAUGUUAUCCACAGACAUUAAAGCUUACUGGUUGGAACAAGAAAGAAAACUCCUAAGUCCGAAGGAAAGUAAUUUAAACGAGUCCAUAUCAGAUGCUACUGGAACGGCUCACACAGUGUUCAGCUUCAUCGAUCACAAAUUGACCGCUAAGGCAAAUUCGACCGAAGACACACAAGCAGCUUUGGCCCAACUUUAUGCCCACAUUCAAGCAAUGCCAGAAUCCACCAAAAAGCGAAGACUCGUUAAACAAUUUAAUAAGGAGAACGGUCAAGGAACACCAAGGCAGGUGAAGCAAUACAAAGCAAAAAGUUUAGGAGACUCCAUAAAGAAGCACAUUUUCCAGAAGAAACUUCUGGGCCACAGAAAGUUACUCGAUAUCAACAUCGGAUGCAACAUCAGCAGAUCAAGCAGUGAAGAAAACAUGUUAUCCAUGAACUUGGAAAAGUCUUUGGGCCCAUCGAAGACUUUAUUCAGCAAGUCAGACGAUGAACUCAGUGCUGAUAGCUGUGAUCUACUGGGAAGUGAAAACCUGUUACAAGUGAAGCAUAUAAGUAACAGUACAGGCAGUAUAAAUACUCCAACCAUGACAACCUACAAGUCAAAGCAGAAAGUAAUGCUCAUGAGCUUUGUAAAUAUCAACGAGGAGGAUAACCAAAGUUUCGACAGCGGCGGUGAAAAGUCCUCCUCAAGAAAGAUCGAAGAUGAAUCAAUGCGAAGCAGCCCUUUGAGACGAUGGAUGGGCAAAUCGAAGGUGUCUUUGAAAUCUGAUGAUGGCUUGUCAAGCAAAACUCGCAGUCUGCAAGACAUUUCCACCCACUGCGAUGUCAGGAUCUCUCGGCAGCUCAGUGAGCCUCCAAAUAUGUACUCAUCGGAAUAUUACCUCAACUUGGGAAGCGAGCUGGUCAGACAGAGCUCCAAUCCAGUGUUCCCUGUGUCAAGGACUAGCAAUAAUGAAGUAAUUUUCACUCCUGUCGCGUCGAUGCCUGAACUAAAGUCAGUUCGUUCCCAAAGUAAAAUCGAACCUGUCAUAAGUAAGACACCGAUAAAGUCAGCUACGGUGACUAGCAAAAGUAGGUUUCGAACUGCCUUCAGUGCUCACACAUCAACGCCGUCCAAUUUACUGCGACAAAGUCUUGCCAGUAGUGAUUGUCUACUAACACCGAUAACUGGCGAUGACAAAAGUAUGAGUCCUAUAACACAGAGCGCAACUAAAAUGAGCAAGGCUAUGCAGGAAAGUAUAAUGACUCCCAGGUCUCGGAAGCCAGUCAUGAUGGUUUCUGGCUCGAAUCUCUGCAAUCUUGCGUCUAUUAAAAACGACUGGACUGAGUUUUCUUCGUCGAAUGACAUAAGAGGAUCUAACUUCGAACUAAAGCGACAGGGCUGUGCAUCCAUCCUCGAAGAAUCCCAGAAAUUGGAUAGCAUCGGCGAAAUGGGACUUCCGGGAAACCAGGAUGAGAAUAAGGAGAACCUCGAAGAGGCAGAGAAUAAAGAAAAUCUUCACGGAAGAGUGUAUCGAGAGAGGAAUUAUGUCACUUCCAUCGAGGACGACUGCGGCACAACUAUCCAGAAAAGUUCUGUGUCUAUUACCAGUACCUUCAGAGAGUAUCUCCUAUCCAGAAGUGUUUUAACCGCGAGUCCUGUGGAUUUGAGUUUUUCAUCUCGCACCGGAGACUUCGAGCCCUCAGAGUCGGAUUUGAAUAUGUUGAAUGAUGAUAGACUAUCGGACAGUCUUCUCCAUUGCUUGGAUGGAAAUAAUCCUGAGUCGGAUACUUCGGGAAUUGGAUCGGGUAGCACAAAUAGUGCCAACAAUUCUGCAGAAAAGGUUGACAGUACAAUGUCAUCGCCGAGGAAGAGAAGCACCAGCUUACAGCGAAACGAUUCCAAGAAGUCUGUCAAAGACGAGGCUGUGUGGGUCAAACCGAAGAAGCAGACACUGAAGAACAAACAACUGAGUGAGUCAACGCUGAAUCCUGUCAAAAUGAAAGAUACCGUGCAGGAAACGUCAUUUUGAAGAGAAGACGUGUACUUAAUCCGUAAGUAUAAUCAGUACUUUAGAUGCAAAGUAAAAGACAAUGACGAAAUAAAUUGUUUUUAGUAGGCUUGCAUUUGUUACUGUACAUUUUUCGGUAUAAGCGAGGUCCUAAAAAUUAAAUAAUGUAAUAACUAUUCAGUUUUUUUUAGCAAUUGUUUGCUAUAUGAAUUUUUUUAUUGAUUACCAAAAAGUGCCGCUAAACAAAUAAUUUGGGACAAUAAUUAACGCGUAUUUUUCCAUAUGGAAUUCCAAAUAAAAUGUGUGAUUAUUAUUGUGAUCAUUGUGAGUGAUAUGUGACAAGUAUUUCGAUCACUUUCAUUCUGUAACUUACUCUAAGGACGGAAGGAAACGAACAUAAGUGACAAUAUUUUAGUAAAAUAAAACUGCAAUUCAAAAAUUAA